AUGAAGACGAACGCGCCGAGCGCGACGGAACGCGUGCUCGACCGGUACGCCGAGUUGAUCGUCGAGGAGUACGACAUUCCGCUCGUGCCCGAUUAUUUCGAAAGUGACGUGUACAGAGAGGUGUGUAAGGCGACGUACGCGGCGGCGAAAGAGAAUAUGGAGAUGAAUCUCAAGGGGGCGAGCGUGUUGGGGCAUCCGAUUGUGAUGGAGGACACGCUGGCGACGGCGCACGCGCCGCGAAAGAGCGGGAUCCGUCAGAGCGAGUUGAAGCAGUUCAUCGAUACCGCGGUGGGAGAGACGAGUGGGAUUCCGUUCAUCUUGCCGGGUUCGCUCGAGCGCGAACUGUACACCAACGCGGUGAUCACCGGUUGGACGGUGUUCGAGGAUACGCUGAAGACGUUUCACAUGCAACUCUUCAAUCGAGAGUUCGUGUUCGACAUCACGGACGCCGAGGAUAUGAACGCGAGUGGGACCGUUCGACGCGGGUUGACCCGUUCGAAGACGUCGGUGAGCGGGGAAAAGUUGGACACGAUGCCGCAGCUUUCCUCGGCGACGCUGCGACGAAUCGCUCGCGAGGAGCUCGAGGCGCCGGCGUUCACGAACAUAUUCCCACAACUUCAGGAGAACGUCGCCAAAGUCGCGGUAGGGAUGUUAUCGCAGGCUAUGACGAUGCAGAUGAACAUUAAAGGAUUCUCGAUCGAUUUCGCGCUCGAGCCGUACAGCGAGGAUACGAAGGAUGCGUUUAAGAAUGUAUCAUUCUCUGAGGCGGAUCGCGAGAUCACCGCAAAGUCACUCGAGGAGCUCUUCGAGGUCUUGGUGGACGAGUACAUGGAUACGCGCGCGAUGGCAAUCUCAUCGGUGUUUCUGCCGCGAGUGGUUGAGCGAUCGACGUACAUAAAUCUCCUCAGAGGACUUUUUGGCGAGCUCGGUCGGGAGCCGGUGAUGGAAAAUUUGGGCUUCAACGUCGCCAUGCGCGUGCAGCGCGUCGACACGCCGGCGUCACCGGAGCUCUCGUACGAUGACGAUUCGAUCAUAGAGGAAGAAAUGCGAGGGUUCGACAGCUUGACCAAGGCGACGACGAGUGGGAUGCCGAAGAGCGAUGUUUUCAAGCGCAUGGGGGAUGAAAUGCUCAGCGGUGAUUUCACCUCCUUCGCAAACGCCGCCAAGUCGUUGCUCUCGGGCAGCGCCAGGAACGGCGACGGAGAGGACGACGCGAGGCAGGCCGCGAAGGCUGAAAGGAGGCGCAAACAAAAGGCCACGCGCGAAGCAAUAUCUGAGUUUGUCGAUUAUAUGCUAAAGGAUCCGAUGUUCAACGUCAAGGCAGUGCCGGAUAACAUCGAACGUCUACUGUACAUCAACUGCUUUGAGCUCAUAGUCGACGUCAUAUCGACCUGUCUCUCCGAUUUCGAGCUCGACAUGCUCGGAAGACGGAUUCGUAUGCAGGUAAAGGAGGGAACGCACAGAGAUAUGCGCGAACUCGUGCGCUUCCGACCGGACGUGAAGGCAUUGAAGACGUACACGAAGCCUUUUGAGGACCUUCCGGGGGUGGAGGAAAUCAUGUCCAACGUGUACGCAUUCGUGCUCGCGUUCGUUGCCGUCGUCGCGUCCGAUUUCCAGCUCAUCGUCGUCGGUCAUAAGAUCACGAUGAGCUUGACCACGGACGCCGACGCGAUGUUGAUGCUCUCCACAGAGGCAGCCGCGACGGAUUCCCUCAAUGAAUCCCUCGUCGCCGCCAUCGAGGCGUUUUCCAUGGACGUCUUCGCCGUCAGCUCUCGUCAGAACCUUGGCCCGAGCGGCAAUGCCAAGAGCGGUGCGUUGCUGACGGACAUCGACUUUGACAGGGAAGUGUACGCGCUGUUCGGGAAGUACUCGUCCGAGCCAGACAAGAGCUUCCCAUUUCCAUACCUCAAUCAAAUGCAGUUCGCACGGGCUAUGGACGCGCUCGUCGCCCGACUGCUCCCGAAACUCACGAAGUGGGACUCGCGCGAAGAGACUGUGCGCAAAAUUUCGAAGGCUGCUGAUCUCAACAAUGAUGGUGUCAUCCAGUGGGCCGAGUGGUACUACGCCGCAAAGGCCAUCGAUCAAGCCAUCCGAGCCGCCAGUGAGCGAGCGGAGGGAGCAUAA